AUGACUUUGGAUCGAGAUGUUGCAGCGAAAGUCAUGGAACAAUACCAACCAAAGAACGAUAACGGAUAUGAUGGCAGCCGGGUGAUCAUUGUCGUGGACGAACGAGAAACGUGCCGAAGUAGUCGGUGUUGCGAGGAGAAAUCAUGCUUGCUAGCAGAUAUCAAGGCUAUGCAACAGAAGCUACGUACGUACAGUGAACAAUGGGGUCGUCAACGGAAUGUGAGGACAAACCCGUUGAGACGCAAGCACGACGAUGAUUAUGAUGGCAGCCGGGUGAUCAUUGUCGUGGACGAACGAGAAACGCGCCAAAGUAUCCGGUGUCGCGAGGAGAAAUCAUGCUUGCUAGCAGAUAUCAAGGCUAUACAACAGAAGCAGCCUACGUACAGUGAACAAUGGGGUCGUCAACGGAAUGUGAGGAUAAACCCGUUGAGACGCAAGCACGACGAUGACUAUGAUGGCAGCCGGGUGAUCAUUGUCGUGGACGAACGAGAAACGCGCCAAAGUAUCCGGUGUCGCGAGGAGAAAUCAUGCGUGCUAGUAGAUAUCAAGGCUAUACAACAGAAGCAGCCUACGUACAGUCAACAGUGGGGUCGUCAGCGGAAUGUGAGGAUAAACCCGUUGAGACGCAAGCACGACGAUGACUAUGAUGGCAGCCGGGUGAUCAUUGUCGUGGACGAACGAGAAACGCGCCAAAGUAUCCGGUGUCGCGAGGGGAAAUCAUGCGUGCUAGCAGAUAUCAAGGCUAUACAACAGAAGCAGCCUACGUACAGUCAACAGUGGGGUCGUCAGCGGAAUGUGAGGAUAAACCCGUUGAGACGCAAGCACGACGAUGACAUCAGUUCGGUUUACUGA